AUACAUAAAUUCAGAGAGUUCUGUGAACUGGAUUACCACAAGUUUUUAAAAAUGCAUCUGAGCCCUUUAAAUGCAAAUCCUUUUUCUGAACUGAAAAGUCUGUAACUGAAUCUUUAUCGAAUUUGCAUGAUUAGAGAAAACAGCUGAGCUAUUUUAAUCAUCAAAAAAUGUAAAAUAACAUAGAUAUUAAAUGACUUAUUAUGAUACUUCUUCCUCUGAUAUAAAUAGGUGAGCAUGCACUGUUAACAGCUAGUAGCAUUGCCCUGCAAGUCUAAGGCUUUCAGGAGCCCAUGAAAAGCUGAGUAAAAAUUGUGAGUUCUUGAGUUGCUAUGUCCAUGUUACUUUGUCUCCUUUUUCUAGCAAUUGCUAUAAUUGAAUCCAUGGCAGGACUUCUAGGAAAUGGAACUAUUUUGGUUGCCAGUUCAACUAGCUGCAUCAGGAGCAAAAUAUUGUCCUCAUAUGAUGCAAUUAUGAUCUUUCUGAGUUUAUCCAGAUUCUUUUUGCAGUCCUGGAUGAUGCUGGAUUUGUUCCUAAGUCUGUUUUGCGAAACUUCCUAUUAUGAAGAACAUUUGUUUGUAAUUUUAAAGACAGUUUUUAUGUUUCUGAACUACUCCAGCUUCUGGUCUGCAGCCUGGCUUAGUGCCUUCUAUUGUAUCAAGAUUGCUAGUUUUACUCAGUCUUUCUUCAUCUGGUUGAAGCAAAGAAUUUCCUGUCUCGUGCCCUGGGUGCUGAUAACAUCAUCUCUUUUCUCCUUUGCAACCUCUCUUCUUUUUGCCUGGGAUGUCUACGAUGUGCACGACAACUUCUCUGCUCCUUCAACCAUGACAAAUUCUUCAGAAAGGAGAGUCACAAUGAAAGCUAGUUUCUUUUUAUUGAUUAUUCUCUGUAAUGCUGGUAUAGCUUUGCCUUUAAUAGUGUUUGUGGUUUCAAGCAUCCUGCUGAUCAGAUCUCUCUGGAUACACACCAGGCAGAUACAAAACAGUGCAACUGGCUUCAGGAAUCCCAGCUUAGAGGCCCAUAUUGGUGCCAUCAAGUCAGUCCUUUCCUUCCUUAUCUUCUAUGUUACGUAUUUUAUUUCUUUGGUUCCAAUUUUAGCUGACAUUUUUUUACCUUUAAGCAUCGGGGAAGCCAUGUGUAUAGCUGUAAUGGCUGCCUGUCCUGCAGGACACUCAAUGGUCUUAAUAUGGAGCAACCCCAAAUUUCGAGAGCUACUAGCUAGGGUUUUGCACCAUGCAAGCUGUCCUGUCAGAACUAGAUCCAUGGAAAAGACAGUGGGCUAGUCUGGGCUUUCCAGUUUAGAUCCAAGUCACCACCAGAGGUAUGAAGUAAUAGAAGCAUGAAUGAGUAGGCUAUAGGCCUGAUCUGGAAACGCGAAGAAGCUGGGAAUUUGCUUCACUUAGACAUGAUCUUGUAAUGAAGAAUUCUAAAAGUUCUCUCCUAUGUUGAAAGAUGAUUGCCUGCAGAAUACAUGUACUCUGCUUGCUGUAUUUCUUUAGAAAUCACCACUGUUUCUCUAAGACAGCAGAAAAACAAGGCCAAGACUUGGACAAUAAUGUAAUCACUCAAAAUGCUCUAAGUUACAAAUCAGACUCAUGAUGCUGACAGAACAGACUUGCUUAAGCACCAGCACGUGCAAAUUUUAAAUGUGAAUAUGAAACUUGAAAGCUGUUUCUGGUCAGUUAGCACAUAAUGAGGAUGCUAAGGAAUUCCCAAAAAUUUUUGACUGCUUGUUGAUUCUCUAAGUAGAAAAAUAUUUGUUGAUUCUAAAAGCAUCUUUAAGAUUCCAGUAUGAUUUGGUAAAGAAUGAGACAGCCUUCUGAGCUUCCUGCUAUUGAUGAACUAGUAAUCAGUGUCUCUGUUCCCAGCAAAAAGGUAUAUUGGAUAGGAAAAAGAAUUUCCUUAAUAUCAGACUCUUCUGAAUAAUGAAUUGACAGGAUACUAUUUUGGGAUUUGCUAUGGAGAAUAGAUUCUUCAAAUCAGAAGCAUGGAUUUGUGUCAUUUAAAUAUUGUCAAGUAUCAUUAAAUUACUAAAAUAUUUAAAUUAAUUAAUUAGCAUUACUGAUAAAGUAGUUCAGAAAUGUUUAAAUGCAUGGCUUGAUAUUAUCUUUAAAAUUUUCUAGAAAUUGCACAUCUUCGUGAAGUGUCUCAAUUUUGACAAGCUGUGUCCUAUAAUUUUUUCUACACAGGAAUUCCUUCAGCUUUAGAAAUAAAUUACAAUUUCCUGGACAAAUCACAUGUUUUGGCAGAGUCCAAAACUCAGCACAUUAUCGUUAGACUAGGACUGGAAGUUUAUGAUCUUUUUCAGUUGCAGUGGGAGUUUACGUUCUUUUAAAGUGAUCAUCACUUGUGUGGACAAAGCCCAUUCUGAUUU